AUGGGCCGGUUCUUCCUGUGCGUUGUGGUGGCUAUCGUAAGUGUUGAUGUGUCGCUCGCAAACGUGAUCACUGCUGCUCGCCGCAGAUUCGAUGCCGAUCAACGGCAUCCCCGGUCGGACAGCCGCGCUUGGAACAGUGUGCCCGUGUACGAUGGGCUCGAAGAAACGUCCGAGUAUUGGCGCAACAAGGCCCAGAAUACCCUGCAGGAUCAUGCAUCCCGGGCCCGUGACGAACGAAAGGCGAAGAACGUGGUGUACUUCAUCGGCGACGGGAUGUCGCUACCGACGGUGGCCGCCACACGAAUGUAUCUGGGCAACGAAAAUGUGUCGCUCUCGUUCGAGCAGUUCCCGUACUUUGGCCUCUCGAAGACGUACUGCGUGGAUCGGCAAGUAGCGGACUCGGCCUGCACGGCCACGGCCUACAUCUCGGGUGUUAAGACCAACUACGGCAUGAUCAACGUUGGUGCCAGUGUAAAGCGCAGUACCUGCGAGUACGACCACGAAGCGACCGAGUUUCUGGGACUGCUCCAGUGGGCCCAGAAGGCGGGCAAGGCCACGGGAGUCGUAACGAACACGCGCAUCACUCACGCCACGCCGGCCGGAACCUACGCCAGCGUCACCGAACGGGACUGGGAAGAUGACAGUAAGGUGAACGCCGACUGUUCAGGAACGCCCGCCGAACGCAGACCCCGUGACAUUUCUCACCAGCUGGUGUAUGGAGAGACUGCGAGCAACCUGAAGGUAGUGCUCGGCUGUGGACGACAAACGUUCCUACCGAAGGGUACGCUGGAUGAGGACGGCGUGACGGGUAAUCGGGCGGAUGGUGUCAACUUGAUCGAGGAAUGGAAGCGGCUCCGGAGUGAGCGUGGCCGAGCGGAGUAUGUGUACGACAAGAAGGGCCUACUGGCGGCCGCCCAAAGCAAGCAAUCGGACUAUCUACUGGGACUGUUCGACAGCAGCCACUGUCUGUACAAUCUGGAGAUCGACGAGCAGCAGGUGGGUGAUCGGAAGCCAAAGCUGUCGGAGAUGGUAGAGGCCGCCCUGGCGGUGCUGGAAGACAGUGCCCAAGGCUACGUGCUGUUCGUCGAAGGAGGCCUGAUCGAUAUGGCGCAUCACGGGAACCGUCCGCGCCUGUCACUGGAAGAAACGGCCGAGUUUCAUCGAGCCAUCGCGUUGGCAAGGCAACGGACGAACGUCAAUGAUACGCUGAUCGUAGUAUCCUCCGACCACAGCCACACACUGAUGUACAACGGAUACCCGACACGCGGUAACGAUAUCCUGGGUAUCGCGGACGUCAGCGAUAUGGACGAUUUGCCGUACACCACGCUGAGCUACGCCAACGGCCAGGGAUUCUACCAAACGUACGAGGACGGCAACCCGACCAAACGUGCCAACAUUAGCGACUACAAUCUCCAGAACCACCGGCAGCUUUAUUUGGCUACCGUGCCGCUCUCGUCCGAGACGCACGCCGGUGAUGACGUCGGCAUCUUCGCCAGCGGCCCGAGUGCUCAUCUGUUCGAGGGCAGCAUGGAGCAAAACGUGAUUCCCCUGCUGAUCGCCUAUGUGGCCAACAUCGGUCAGGACCUCGGCUGGGCGCCCGAAGAUAUUUCAGAUCCUAUCGAUGACAGGGGUAGCGCCGUCCGGACGUCGCUAUCAUUCCUAUUGGCGCUCGUCUCUAGUUUGUCUCUAGUGGUAGUCCCACUCAUACAGCGGCUGUAA